UUUUAAAGAAGAGCUAUGCACAAACACAAGAGACGCUGUCUAGAGUGGAACUAUGGACACAACUUAUGAACAGGACUCUGAAGUCAAUGAGGAAUAUGUGAAUAUGCCUGUCAUCAGGAAUGUGAUGAUGAAGAGAAAAUAUGGAGGGAAGCCAUUGAAGUGUAUUGUGGUGGGCUUUGCACUGCUGUGUAUUCUUCAAGCCAUUCUCAACGUCUCUCUGCGUCUCUACUCCCAGACAUGUCAGACAGACGAGAGUGAUAAAUCCAUGAAUUUAACGGAUGAAAACACAAAACAGGACUGGCUGUAUUUCAACAACACUUUCUACUUAAUGUCUUCUACUAUGAAAUCCUGGAAGGACAGUAGAGAGGACUGCUUGCAAAGAAACGCAGACCUGGUGGUUAUCAACAGCAGAGAAGAACAGGACUUUAUUAUGAGAUGGCAGAUUGAGUCCUGGAUUGGGCUGAGUAUCAGAGGCACAGAGGGAAACUGGGAAUGGGUGGAUGGUACAAACAUUACUUUAAGUUACUGGGAAGUCGGUGAACCGAACCGUUAUAAACAAGAGGAAGACUGUGUUGAAGUAGGGAACAACAACUGGGCUGAUGUGUCGUGUAAUGAUUUAAACCUCUGGAUCUGUGAGAAGAAGGCAUCUCCCACAGCACCAAUCGAAGCAGGAACUGGGGAAAAGAUGAACCAGACGGUGGCGAUAAAAUCGAAGAGUGUGCAGAACAACGUAGGAGGGAGCUGCCCAAAAUCUGGAAUGAUGCCUUUUGUAAUAAACCAAACUUCUGGAUCUGUGAGAAGGCCGCUGGUAUGGAGCCUCUGGAAGGGGACCUGUAUCCAGACGAUCCCUGAAGAGAGAGACCUGGCUCUUGGAACCGAUCCAUGCCCGGUCUCUGGCUCCAUGGCCCCCAUCCCCUCAUUCUCUGGUGUGGUCCCCGUGCCUUGCUCCCCUGAGGUCCACAACGCUGGCUUUAACUCUUCAACAAUCCUUCACCCAGGCUUCGUCUGUUGACCUUGUUGUUUAUUGCAUUUGGUACCUAGAAGUUGUUUUGAUUUUAACAUUUUGUUACUGUUAUUUUAAUGAUAUUAAACAAUGUUAAUGUCAAUCUAACAAUGUUAAUGUCUCCAGACGCAUUCGCAUUGUUUCUUUCCUACUUCUUGGCGGGUAUCUGUGUACAACGUAUGUGUGCCUGAGGUAGUGAGAUGCUAUUAACGAUACAGUAGGGUAGAUUACAUUACAUACAGACUCUGUUUCUACCUCGUGCUCUCCCUCUCGCCUAAUAAUUCACAAUCAAACAUUAAGUGUAAUAGAUAAAAAAAACGUGAAGCACUCAUUGAUAGGAGGGUAAUCAGAUUAUUUGCAAAAGUUAUUAAAAUAUUGCUAACUAUUGGUGGUGUAGUAUUCACUGUUCCUUGUCUUUGAACAAAAGAACGAAAGAAGCUCCAAAAAGACGCAGAAUGCUGUGUGAAUACUCCAGCCGUUGCGCACAUUCGGCAAAGCAGGACAUUGCAAAUAUCCGGUGUUUUGCAGUCAAACGUGUCAUAAAAGUAAUAUUUCUAAGAAUUUUUAAUUAGAAUUUUAACCACCUGCACCUUUUUGAAACUUUGUGCAUUUAUGUGCAUUUACAUGCAAUAUCUUAAAUACAUUGCACUUUCUAAAAAGCUUUUUUAACUUUGCCUUUAUUUUCUAUUUUAAUACUAAAAUGCCUUUUUAACUUUCUAUUUUACCCAUUUCUUUGAAUAUGUUUUCUUUUACUUAUCUAUUAUUUUAUUUUAUUGUAUGACAAUGUUUAUAUGUGAAGCACUUUGAGUCUGCUUUGUGUAUGAAAAGUGCUACAUAAAUAAAGUUGCCUUGCCUUGCCUUGCCUAA